UGGUGAUUGGCUGUCUGUCCCCCGGCUGAAGCUGACGUUGUGUUGUAUGAUUAGCUGUGCUUGUUUCAAUACCUGUUGUAUGGGAGAUUCAGGUCUCUGUAUAGACUGACGUGAGGCAAGUUGGGUCACAGUGUUGAUGCGGUGACAGCCGAAGGAGCCCGAGUAUCUGUUCUGGUGACUGGCUUCAUUCAUUCACCAUGAGGAUCGGCUGCUUGUCAUGGAGUAGCAUCUGCUUGCUAGUCGUGUACAUGCUGAGCGUGGUGUUUGCAGGACGUGAUUUCUAUAAAAUUCUGGGUGUAUCACGAACGGCUAGUAUAAAGGAGAUAAAGAAGGCCUAUCGCAAGAUAGCUUUGCAGUUGCAUCCAGAUAGAAAUCCAGAUGACCCCCAAGCACAAGAAAAAUUUCAAGACUUAGGUGCUGCUUAUGAGGUACUGUCUGAUGAAGAAAAGAGAAAGCAGUAUGAUGCAUAUGGAGAAGAAGGACUUAAAGAUGGCCAUCACACUUCUCACGGUGAUGUAUUUUCACACUUCUUUGGAGACUUUGGAUUCAUGUUUAAUGGCAAUCCGCGUCAACAAGACCGAAAUGUUCCACGAGGCAGCGAUAUAAUCAUCGAUCUAGAAGUGACAUUGGAAGAAGUAUACUCUGGAAAUUUUGUAGAGGUUGUAAGAAAUAAGCCUGUAGCACGACAAGCACCAGGAAAACGUAAAUGCAACUGCCGGCAAGAAAUGAGAACUACACAACUUGGGCCAGGACGUUUUCAGAUGACUCAAGAAGUUGUUUGUGAUGAAUGUCCAAACGUCAAACUUGUAAAUGAAGAAAGAACUUUAGAAGUGGAGAUUGAGCCUGGUGUUCGUGAUGGCAUGGAAUAUCCUUUCAUUGGAGAAGGGGAACCACACAUUGAUGGAGAGCCAGGUGACUUGCGUUUUCGAAUCAAAGUUCUCAAGCAUCCUAUAUUUGAAAGAAGAGGCGAUGACCUAUACACAAAUGUUACCAUUUCUUUAGUCGAAGCUCUUGUGGGUUUUCAAAUGGAAAUUAGUCAUUUAGAUAACCAUAAAGUUCACGUAAUGCGUGAUAAAAUUACUAAGCCUGGCGCAAAACUUUGGAAAAAAGGAGAAGGCCUGCCAAAUUUCGACAACAAUAACAUCAAAGGUUCUCUGAUUAUUACUUUUGAUGUUGACUUUCCCAAAGAACAACUAACAGAAGAACAGAGAAAUGGUGUGAAACAGCUUUUGAAACAUGAAUCCGUACAAAAUGUUUAUAAUGGACUUCAAGGAUAUUAACAAUGCAUAAUCUUUAUGCAAAAAAAAAAAAGUAAUUUGACAUAUUUAUUCUGGGUUUCUUUGGAUUUUUAUAUAAAUAAAUGUUCUGAUUUCUUGGUCUUAUAUUAGUUGGCAGUUUUUCUUUAUACAUGUUGCGACAUGUGGUGUUUCAGUAUUUUGUUUACAACUUUUAAACUUCUUUUACUUUGAUUGAAACAAUAUAAAAAUGAACAUUCAUUUCAAACAGGAA